UACAGAAUUUAAGGGGGUCAUUAUUGGAUGAUGCAGUGUCAAAUAGAUUCCACUUGUGAUUCAAUUGAAACUUCCAAGACAAAUUAGGACUCUCUUUUUUCAUCACUCCACACACAAAGUACACACUAUCUGUUUAUCAAUAUCUCAUUAAACACACACACAUACAGAAAAAGGUCACGCACUAAACCCUAGUCCCAGAAAACUCCUUGAAUACACUACUUUCAAGAUUCGAUUUUUCUGAGAAAGUUUUGGAUUUUCUUGGAAAAUAGAAACACCCAAAUGGCGGAAAACGGUGCUCUGCCGGACGAUCUCCGGUGUAACAGAACGGACGGCCGGCAAUGGCGGUGCAAACGGCGGGUAGUGGAAGGGAAAAAGCUUUGUGAAAUUCACUAUAUUCAAGGUCGUCACAGGAAUAAGAAGCAGAAGGUACCGGAGUCGCUGAAAAUCAUUAGAAAUACGAAAAACAAGAAGAAGCCCAAGAUUCAGAAUUCAAAAGGGUCUCUUGAAAUUGGGUUGAGAAUAUUAAAGAAGAAGAAGAAACCCCUCAAGCCUAAACCCUGUGUUUCAGAGGCAUUAGAUGAAGCUUUGAGGAGAAUGGAACUUAAAAGAGGGGAUUUGCCGUUAGAAUUGAUUCGGGUUUUCUUGAAACGACAAUUAGAGAAGAAAAAAGAUAAAGAAUCGAAGAAUGAUUGUGCUGAAUUAAUGAGAGAGUUCCCCAAUGCUGUAAUGGCCAUUCCUUCUACACCCGCGGAGAAUUUCAACAAUGCAGGUUCUAUUUUGGACAUAAAAUUAGGCCUGGAUUCGAGCUCUAGCCCCUUUUCGUUAAGGCAUUUCCGAUCAAAAAAUAUUGAACCCCUUCCAAUUAGUACAAUGCAGGCCGUGCCAUUUGCUAAGAAUGGGAAGAAUUUAAGUAGAGUAAACAGAAGGAAGUGUCAUUGGUGUAGAAGAAGUAGCUACCGGGUUCUGAUCAAGUGUUCGAGGUGUAAGAAACAAUUCUUCUGUCUGGAUUGUAUAAAAGAAAGGUAUUUGGAAAAGCAAGAAGUUAGAGGGGCAUGUCCUGUUUGCCGUGGAGCCUGUAGCUGUCGGAUCUGCAAAAGGAAUGAAUUGAAGCCCUCCAGUCAUAAGGAAUUCUGUAGGCAUAAAAGGAAGGUUCAAAAAGUCCAGCUACUUUAUCAUCUGGUGCAUCUGCUUCUUCCUGUACUGGAAAAAAUAAAUGAAGAGCAGAGAAUUGAAGUGGAGAUAGAAGCAAAGAUAUCGGGAAAGCAGCAACCUGACAUUCAGGUUCAGCAGGCUUCAGCAGGAGAAGGAAAAUUAUAUAGCUGUAGUAACUGCAAAACCUCCAUUCUGGAUUACCACAGAAUCUGCUCUAAGUGUUCAUAUAGCCUUUGCUUACAUUGUUGUCGGGAGUCCCGUCUUGGAAGCUUAGCUGAAGAUUGCAAAUCCGAUGGUUCUAAUGAAGAACAAGCUUGUUCUUCUAACUUUGAGCGAACAUCAAGGAUGAAGCAUACCAGCACCUCAAGGCAAAGUUUCUCGGGGAUACAUUACUUGCAAGCUUGUGCUGAUGGAAGUAUAUCUUGUCCCCCUGCAGAAUAUGGCGGUUGUAGUAAUAGCAUCCUGGAUUUAAGAUGUGUAUUUCCCUACGCUUGGAUCAAGGAUCUGGAAAUCAGUGCUGAAGCAUUAUUAUGCAGCUACAACUUUCAGGACGCGGAACACAUUUUUUCAUCUUGCUCAUUAUGCAGGGGAAGUGAUCACAAAGAUGCUGUUGCUGAUUCAUUCAUGAAAGUGGCUGAGAGACAAGAUUCGCGGGACAAGUUUCUGUAUUGUCCGUCUAUAAAGAAUCUCCGUGAAGAAAACCUUGAACACUUUCAGAAACACUGGGGUGAAGCUCAUCCUAUUAUAGUACGAAAUGUGCUUCGAAAUUCUCCUGAUUUGUCUUGGGAUCCUGUUGUUAUGUUCUGCACUUACCUUGAGAAAAGGUCAAACUGUUCCCGAGAUAAAGAAGCAGCUAAGGCACAAAAUCACUCGGACUGGUGUGAGGUUGAAAUAGCUAGAAAGCAGAUAUUUAUGGGGUCACUUGAAUGGCAAACACAUGCAACAAUGCAGCGCGAUAUGGUAAAGUUUAGAGCAUGGCUUUCUUCCCAUCUUUUCAAAGAACAGUUUCCUGCUCACUAUGCGGAGAUCUUGAGGGCUUUACCACUUCAAGAGUAUAUGAAUCCAAAAUCUGGUCUUCUAAAUCUAGCAGUUAAACUGCCACCGGAAAUGCCAGAAACUGAUUUGGGACCUUCAGUCUAUAUUUCCUAUGGUGGACCUGAAGAAGUAUCACAAGCAGAAUUUGUCACUAAACUAUGUUGUGAAUCUUAUGAUGUGGUUAAUAUUCUUGCAUGUGCUACCGAUGUUCCCAUUUCCAAGGAACAAGUAAGAAAAAUAAAAUGUUUAAUGAAAAAUAAGAAGCCUCAAGAUCACAAGGAAUCUACCAGCUACUCAAGUGAUCAGAAAGGAAAAUCAUCUUUGCAUAGUGGAGAUACAGAAGAAUCCUGUCUGCAGGAUGCAACUGGCGGGCACUUGCCUGACGGUAUUGCUAAACGACCUUUCUACUCUGCUGACUCACUAAAUGGUCAAAGGUAUGGAGACCAGGAUGGCAAUAUCUCGAGUGACAAUGAAAAUGACUCAGAAUUUGAGUCUGAUGUCUCACUGUUCUGCUCUGGAUCUGUUGAAAGAUCUGAAGAUUCAGACAGUGAUUAUCUUUUUGAAGAUGUCGAUAGUGCAAAGAAAGAAGCAAAAUCUUCAGGUGCUCAAUGGGACGUUUUCCGCAGACAAGAUGUCCCAAAGCUUCUAGAGUACCUCAGAAGGCAUUCUAGCGAGUUCACCUCCACGUCUGGUUAUUCCAAACAAGUUGUUCACCCAAUUCUUGAUCGAAGUUUCUUCUUUGAUGCAUUCCACAAAUUGAGGCUUAAGGAGGAAUUUGACGUUCAACCUUGGACUUUUGAACAACAUCUUGGAGAAGCGAUUCUCAUCCCUGCUGGAUGUCCAUAUCAAGUCAAACAACUUAAGUCAUGCAUCAAUGUUGUUCUGGACUUCAUCUCGCCUGAAAAUGUUGCUGAAUGUAUCCACAUAAUUGAUGAAAUUCGUCUACUUCCUGAGCACCACAAAGCCAGGGGAAAAGUGCUGGAGGUGAAGAAAAUGGCUGUUUCUGGGAUCAGCAAUGCAAUUGCAGAGAUUCGCGACCUCGUGCAUGCUAAGCAGUCCUCUUGAGAGAUGAUAGACAUGCAGUCUGUCUACUUAUGCAAUAAUGUUGCAGGUUCAUGCUACAUACUGCCAGGGAAUGGGAUCUAUUACAUUUUUCGACAAAGAAAGGAUGAAUGGACAUUGAUUAGGUUAAGAUCCUUGUCACUCGCGAGCAAUUGGUUGUGUAUAUAUUUGAAGAUGAAAAUCAAAGAUCUCGCGAGUGGCAGAUUGAACACAUAAAAUGCCACGAAAACGUAUAUUCAAUAUUCAUUGUACAUGCUUCGUUAGGGUCCUUUUGAUGCUUCUGUAGAUGUCCAUAAUUUUAUUUAUACAAUUCUUACUCUUCUAAUAAUAUUGGUGUUGUCCACAACAACAUUCAUUGAUCAA